AUGGCUACUGUUCACAGCUUAGGCGAUUUCUUUCUGCCGGGCACGAGCAGAACCUCUGUGGAUGGGUCAGUUACUAAUGCGAUAUCUCGCUCUUUUAUGCCUUCGUCACAUGAUCCAUCCUUGCUCAACAUGGUCUCUUCAGGCUUCCUUGCAGUUAGAGGACCUAAGAACGAAAUAACUGAAGUUGGAGUGAUCCUCUCUCAUGUUUUUUCUACCAUGGUCGGCAUCUUCUUCGAUCAUGUUCUGGGCAUCAUUGUCAUUGAUCUGGUGGGGAGAAAAUAUUAUGAUCCAUCCCAGCCAGAUUGA